AUGGCUGAACCAUUGCGAGUGCUUAUUACGGGUGCUGCCGGGCAAAUUGGCUACUCUUUGGUCAUACAAAUUGCAAAAGGCGACGUCUUCGGCGCAAAUCAGCCUUUGUCGCUGGUUCUCCUCGAUCUCCCGCACACCAAAGAGUCUUUGCAAGGUAUUGUGUAUGAGAUCCAGGACUGCGCCCUACCAACUGUACACGAAGUGGUCGCCACGACAGAUGAAAAAGAAGCUUUCGCGGGCAUUGAUUAUGCUUUUCUGGUGGGUGCAAUGCCUCGGAAAAAAGGCAUGGAGCGCAGGGAUCUUCUUGCUACUAAUGUGAAAAUCUUUAAAUCUCAAGGAACUGCGCUGGCAAAAUAUGCAAAACCGACAACAAAGGUUGUUGUGAUUGGCAAUCCGGCGAAUACCAAUGCAUUCGUCUGUGCUCGCUACGCUACGCCACACAUCCCAGUGAGCAAUUUCACGUCAAUGACUCGCCUCGACCACAAUCGUGCUAUCGCUCAAAUUGCCCUGAAGUGUGGUGUCCCGGCGAAAGAUGUGAAAAAUGUAAUCAUUUGGGGGAAUCACUCGAACACGCAGUUCCCGGAUGCAAAUCACGCCGUCGUUACCAAGAACGGAAUGGCAGUCAAUGCUGUUUCUGCGACAGUGCAGAAAAGGGGAGCAGUGAUAAUUGAGAAGCGCAAGCUCUCUUCGGCACUGUCAGCCGCAAAAGCUGCGUGUGAUCACGUGCAUGACUGGCAUACUGGCACCAAACCGAACGAGUGGGUCUCGAUGGCAGUAGCUUCUGACGGCUCUUAUGGUGUUCCGGAAGGACUGUUCUUCUCGUUCCCAGUUACUGUCGAAAAUGGCAAAUGGAAAAUUGUCCAGGGACUUGCCCUGGAUGACUUUGCAAAGAAGAACAUUGCCAUCACCCAAAAAGUUGGUUCUGCUUAA